AUGAGGGCUGCUUGUCUGAACCAGGCGGGACAGUUCCGUGAGUUGAUGGCGCUCAUGCCAUCGCCUAGUCCACCUCUCUCCUUGAAAUCCCACCCUGGACCCGAGGACCCGGUGCAGUACAAGGGAGCGAAGAGCCAGCUUUCCCAGGCCCUCAACGGCUUGUCAGACAGAGCCAAGGAAGCAAAAGAGUUCCUGGUCCAACUCCGCAACAUGGUGCAGCAAAUCCAGGAGAACAGCGUGGAGUUCGAGGCCUGCCUGGUGGCCCAGUGUGACGCCCUCAUUGACGCCCUCAACCGAAGGAAAGCCCAGCUGCUGUCCCGGGUCAACAAGGAGCACGAGCACAAGCUGAAGGUGGUGCGAGACCAGAUUUCUCACUGCACGGUCAAGCUGCGCCAGACCACGGGCCUGAUGGAGUACUGCCUGGAGGUCAUCAAGGAGAACGACCCCAGCGGCUUCCUGCAGAUCUCCGACGCUCUCAUCAGGAGAGUGCACUUAACCGAGGACCAGUGGGGAAAGGGGACACUCACACCCCGGAUGACCACGGACUUCGACCUGAACCUUGACAAUGCCCCUCUGCUGCAGUCCAUCCACCAGCUUGACUUUGUGCAGAUGAAAGUUUCCUCCCCAGUGCCGGCCCCCCCGAUCCUGCAGCUCGAGGAGUGUUGCACCCACAACAACAGUGCCACCUUGUCCUGGAAGCAGCCCCCCUUGUCGACGGUGCAGGUGGAAGGCUACAUCCUGGAGCUCGACGACGGCAACGGCGGCCAGUUCAGGGAGGUGUACGUGGGCAAGGAGACCAUGUGCACGGUGGACGGGCUUCACUUCAACAGCACGUACAGCGCACGCGUCAAAGCCUUCAACAAAACAGGAGUCAGCCCAUACAGCAAGACCCUGGUCCUCCAGACAUCUGAGGACACGCAGUCAGAAGAACAGACCCUCCCUUUUCCAGUGCCUUUGGAAAGAUCGCAGCUUCGUAGAAUGAGUCCUUUCUCCUCCACCCUUAAUCUACAACCCAGCUUUCCGGGGAGAUCCUACUUUGAGCUAAGAUCUUCGGCCCACCAGCUGAGCUUGCAUUCUUCUUUACAGUCCCUGAAUUCAGCCGGAUGCAAUUUUGAGACACAAGGAACGCCUUACUCCCAAUUAGUUGACAUUAAAAAAAUGGUGGCAGUUGCUUGGUUUUCUUUCGAUCCUGCCUCUGCCCAUGCUGACAUCAUCUUUUCUAAUGACAACCUGACUGUCACCUGCAACAGCUAUGAUGACAGGGUUGUGCUGGGGAAAACGGGCUUUUCCAAAGGGCUCCAUUACUGGGAGCUGUCAAUCGAUCGUUACGAUAACCACCCUGACCCGGCCUUUGGUGUGGCACGCAUUGAUGUCCUGAAGGAUGCCAUGCUGGGCAAGGACGACAAGGCCUGGGCCAUGUACGUGGACAAUAACCGGAGCUGGUUCAUGCACAACAAUUCGCACACCAACAGAACCGAGGGUGGGAUAACGAAAGGCGCCACGGUGGGAGUGCUGCUGGAUUUGACCAGGAGGACCUUGACGUUCUCCAUCAACGAGGACCAGCAAGGGCCUGUCGCCUUCGAGAACCUGGAGGGCCUCUUCUUCCCCGCCGUCAGCCUCAACAGGAACGUGCAGAGGAUUUACUACCUCUCCUUGGAGUUUUACAUGGGGCGGACGCUGCAGAACACCAUGAUUAACCUGGGGCUGCAGAAUGCCUGCGAUGAAGCCAUCUACCAG